AAUUAUGCGUUUGCAUGUUAGUCUGCAAAUAAAAUACUUUAAUUAAUAAUAAGUAUAAUAAAAAAGAUUUUUAGGAAUCUUGCUUAAUUAAAUCGAAAUAAUUAUGUAAAAUUUGGUCCUUUUUAUACAUCUCUUCCAUUUCUCCUCACCUUCACAACUCUCUGUACUCUCAUAAUCUCUCUCACUCUUGAGUCUUGAAACCUAAAGAAGAAGAAGCAUUCUCAAGAGAAAGAAAGAGAGAGAUAUGGGUUCCAAGAUCGUCCAAGUUUUCUUGAUGUUGGCUCUAUUCGCCACUUCAGCACUCGCUCAAGCCCCUGCUCCUACUCCCACCGCCACUCCUCCACCACCGGCCGCCACUCCUCCUCCCGCAACUCCUCCUCCAGUUGCAACUCCUCCUCCAAUGGCCACCCCACCACCAGCCGCUGCCCCAGCCCCAACCACCACUACACCACCUGCCGCAACCCCAGCCCCUGCCACUACCCCACCAUCAGCUGCUCCUUCUCCUGCUGAUGUUCCCUCCGCCUCUCCACCAGCACCAGAAGGUCCCUCCGUGAGCCCAAGCAAUGCUCCAGGACCUUCAGAUGAAGCAGCUGCCCCAAGCGCCGGUUUCUCCAACAAGGCUUUCUUCGCCGGAACCGCCUUCGCCGCUAUUAUGUACGCCGCCGUUUUGGCUUGAUAACUUCUUCGUUCGUUCUUUUUUUUUUUUUUACAUUUUCCCUCAAUUAUUUCAAAUCUUUGGUGUUAUGUGAGAAUUUGAUUUAUAUUUUCGUGUUUCACUAUUUUUCAUCGUUACAAUUUUUUAUUAUUAUGCUUUCGGGUAUGUCGGAACGUGGAAAAAGUAAUUAUUAUCUUGGUGGAUACUAGUGGAAUGUUGACACGUGUAAUUUACCAUUGGAAUGGAAAGGGGGGUUUCAUAUAUUAUGUGAUCUAUACGUUAAUAUGUUAGAGGUGGAAUCUGUUUAUGUGUAUAUCCAAAUGCUUAAAUAAUU